UCUCACAUAAAACGGUUUUACUCCUUAAAGACCUUUUUUUCUGAACUAAAAACCUAUUGGCUUUCCAUUUUCGUCCUUGUCAAAGUAUUAGACAUUAAGCACCUUCCAUGAAUACAAUCACGGUAUGUCAAAGUAAACAAACUUUCUACUCUACCUGGCAAAUUCCUUUUUGUUGUCGCCUAAAAUGCCGACUUCUGCACUGUAAAAGCACCCUUUUCAAAUCAAGCUUUGUCAGUUGCAUUCCAGGACAAUAUUUAACAUUGUGUACAAUGGAAGACUCGGAAUCCGAUUGGGACAGCAUGUCCGAGGCUCCUGUGGUCGCAGCAGGUAAACCACCACCUUCAUCCCACCACGAUCGACAGAAUGAUUUGUCUAGAACGAAAUCUCCAGCACCGUCACAUGCUGACCAAUUCCAACCGCCAUUCGAUUUCAGUAAUGAAGCAAAAUUGGAAAAGAAGACACAGGAGAUCCAACAAACCAAGCCUUCGGCUCGGAAAGUCAAAACGUAUGCUGUUACCGUGGAUAGAAAUGAAAAAAGUGGCAGCCGCUUUUCAAGCCCAGCAUUGAAAAGUGUCCAAAGCCGUCAAAGCCCAUCCUUGAAUCUUGAAGCAAUGGAAGCAAUUCCGAGAUCCAAGACGGCCUCUUUGAGUCAACCCACCGAUUCGCGGGCCUUGAAGAGGACUAAAAAACUUUUGCCACACAAGGUCCUGGAACCCCAAGAUACUCUGGAUGACAUUGUGAAUGACCCCCUGAAUGAGGAUAACCCGACUAACUUUUCUGAUGAAGGUAUUGACAAUCCAGCAUUCCAUCCGGAUUGGUCAUAUGAAGUGGAGGAAAAAAUUGAUCUCAGCGAUGAAGGACGCUUUAAUGGAGAAAAGGCCGACCAUCAAAGGAUUAAACCGGAUGAACGUAUUCAAAUCCUACCCUUUUUGGACAUUCAAACGAGGUAUUUCCAAAUCCAUUCAGAAUCUUCAGAAGUCUGGGCAGAUCGAAUAUUGGAGCCAACCACUCAUUGCUGCUCUUGGUGCUUGGGUGAAGUUUUUGGAAUAUUGAAGAUCCCGUUCAUCCUCUUGUUCGUGCUCCUUGGGCAAAUACUCAAGUGAGAGCCUCAAAAAAUUGUGCAUUCU